AUGGAAAGAUUAUUGAUCUCAUUCUCAUCCGUCGCUGCCCAACCGUUUGCUUUAUCGUCUACAAACACAGCAAUGACGCAAGAAACGCUGCGAGAAAAUUGCAUAACCUUUCGAUUUGGUCAACCCGUUUGCGCGCUGAACUGGCGAAACCGAGCGGCAAGUCGAGACGACGUUCUCGCUCGCCACGGCGGAGACGAUCUCGCUCUCCUCGGCGGCGGUCUUACUCGGGGAAUCGAAGACGUCGACGCUCAAGAUCACACUCUCGAAGACAGUCUGACUCACGGCGCCGCUCAAGGUCGACCAGACGCAGCCGCUCUCGCUCAGAAAGGCGCUCCAAAUCGAGGACUAGAUCCAAAUCCAGAAAUCGUCGCUCGCGAUCCCGCUCGUAAACCAACCGCAAUUAACCGUCAAUCAAGAAUCAUCUUUCAUUAG